AUGGACUCAGAUAAUCAGACCCAGCCAAGGGACGAUGACAGAGCGACAAGAGACGAGUCCUCCGCCACGGAUACCGACGUCCCAACCACCACGGAAGUGCCUCUAAAGUCACAGUUUGCUGGCUACAUCACGCUUGAGUAUCUCCAAAGCAUGUUUGUGCAGUUCACAAUAUGGGCACCCGUCAUCUACACCUUACUCCACUUCCGCGCCAAUUUCUUCACCAGCGAUGUCCUCUUGAGCGCUCUGGCUUCUGCACUAUUCCUGCCAAACAUGUUCAUCUGCAUCCUCGCCAUCACAAUCGAGUACCUGCAAAAAACCAUUGACGCACAGAAGAGAACUCUAAGAGAAAAUGCGGAUACGGCGAAGGCAUUACAAGACGAGAAGAAGGCUUUAUCGGAGGAGCUCUCUGGGUGCAUCCAAGCAAGAGAAGAAGCACAUAGCAGGCAUCGACAACGCAUCAACGAAGCCCGUCUCAGGCACUACACAUCUCUCCACAAGCACCAAAGCAGCACCAUCAGUUUCCUAGAACAUCUAUCCAGAACCCACACCAAGACCCCCAACUCUCCAGCGCUGAAUAUCCCGUUCGAUAAGGUCUACAUGAUGCGAUCAAGAACACAAACGCGACUGAACAUAGCGGAGAGUAUGGAGAAGAUCCUGUACUCGAAGACUUUACGCGCGUUGAGAGACGAGGGAGCUGAUGGCUUUAUCCGCGAGGCAGAGAGUGAUCUGGAGAAGGCGGCGGUGGUAGAUGGUUAUCUGAUGCAUUUGGAGGAUCUGGUGAAGAAUCCUGCUGCUCCUGCUAGGGUCGAUUCUGGGUUGGAAGUGAGGUUGAAUGGGCAUAGGGAGAGGCUGGAGAGGUAUUGUGAGGGGGAUUGGAGGGUUAGGAAUCAUUUGAGGAAGGUGGAUAAGGAUGAAGAGCAAGAGUAG